AUCAUCCUUCCUGUAUUUUUGUAGCUGUUUCAUUAUCAUAAUACCAAAAACUUCCUGUAGCCUCGAUAAGUGCGUAUAGAUUUCGACUAAAUAACAGCAGGAACAAAACAGGACAUGGAAACUACUAUGUAUGAGUGUAUGUGGCUAUCACAAGCAAAAGUUGAUGCUGUAAAACAGAAAGCCCUCCGGUAUCAGAAGGGAAGAGGAAGUUGUGUUCUUUUCAUUUUGGACUUUUCUGAGAGCAUGAGAGGGGAACCUUUAAGGCAGAUGAAGCGGGGAGUCGGGGCGAUACUAGAGGAGUUUGAUGAACAACCAGAUCUUGAUGAGAAUGUUUCUGUGAUUGUUUUUGGACAAGAAACCAAAUUUCUGCAUUAUUAUUCCAACCAAUAUUCCACAAUAAAACAAAGCAUUGAGGAGGUGGAAUGUGGUGGACCCUCGCCGCUCACUGCCGCCUUUCUCUUGGCCCUUGGGGGACUGUACGAGGGAGCAGCCCAUACAAGUCGCAUUGGUGACUUCCAUCUCAAUCCAAGAGUGGUUCUUUUCACAGACGGUAGACUAACAGACUUUAAGAAUUUAGAGGCCACAGAGAAUGAAAUGGAAUUAAUGCCAAAGGAACAUAUUUUAGCACCACUAUCUUCAAUCACACAACAAAUAGGAAGAGACCAUCCAAUUUUCUGCUUUCCAGUUGGAGAAAACCCAAACUAUCCCUUAUUACAAACCAUAUCAGGCGUGUCUCAAGGUGGCAAAGUGUUACAGAUUUAUGAAGCAAAGUGCUUUGGACGAUAUACUCUACAUUACAGAUCUGCAGAUUUGAUAUCCAAAGUAAUAAACAAGAAUGAGAUAGAAAGGGAAGCUUUGAGAUCUGUGGCAGAUAACGUACUUUUCGGGCAUACUUACGAUGAAGAUGAUUUAGACACAAUAUACGAGUUAAUACAGAACAGAGAGAGAAUCAUGGAGACCCAACCAAGGGUAGAGGACGAUGAAAAUAAUUGGUAUAAGGAGAAAUACUCUACAAUUCCAAGGCUCGGUACGAGAGUUCGCCGGGGUCCACACUGGAGAUUCCAGAAUCAAGAUAGCGAGGGCAUCGGAACCAUAGUGGGUCAUGGGGAUAAAGUUGGUUUAGUGCUCGUAGAAUGGGAUAAUGGGUGUCGUUGUGUAUAUAAAUAUGGAAUAGGAAAUACAUACGAUAUUGUGGUUUGUGAUGAGCCCAGAAUUCCUGAGGACGGAUUUGUCGCUGCUGGGUGCCUUGUAAAGAGGGGACCUGAUUGGAAAUGGGAAGAUCAGGACGGCGGAGAAGAAGCUAUCGGAACAUGUUAUCGAGUGAUGGAUAAUGCCACCGUUUAUAUUCGAUGGCCAAGUGGAAGAAUGGGUAAUUACAGAUUUGGAUAUGAUGGAAAAUACGACAUUGAACUUUGCGAUCCGCUCUCACAAAAAGUGAUGAAAGCUGUUAAGGAACAAUGGAGAGCAUUAAAGAAACCCGAGUCUGAAAAUGAUUACAGAUGUACAUCUAAUGAUUUAAAAGGUAGUUCUGAAAUACAGGAUACACGAAUCAACCUAACUAAACAGAACAGUGGCGUUCAAACAGAAAAUACAGGAAAUACUACACCGCGGAGUAAAGAAGCAAAUCAAUUUCAAAGUGCAGUGUUCAGAGAGAAAAGGGAUGCUCAAACCCAAAACGGGAUUGGACCAACCAUGAUACAGCGGGAGCAGGUUACGUGUAAGGAUAGAACCAAUGUUACAGACAUACAGACAGAACACUCCUCCAUGGCUUUUUCAAUGGAAGAUCUGGAAACUGAUGAAGGACAGGAUACCGAUCUGGAAAGCAACUCAGUGGGGUCUAUCUUUGGAUACCCUGAACAUACUAGACCUUCAAGUCCAAACGAAUAUCAGAAUUCUUUUUCUGUAAAUUUAUUUUCGCCUGUGAAAAACUUUGUUGCUGACAAAGGUAAACCUAGAAUGAACGCCUUAACUAUUACGUCAAUUAAUAAAAAUACUUAUAGAAAUCCAGAAAUAUGUGUAACAGGAACAAAUGAAAAUGCUAUUCAUAUGGAAUCAAACGUUGCACAGAUUUCGCAAAACCAUUCAUCAAACAAAAACUCUAAAUCUGAACCAAAUCUAGUCAGCCAGGAUCUAUCCUGGCAGUGGCGGGACAACAAUGGAGUUUGGGUCAACUAUUCCGAUCACGUGAACAAUUUAAUCAACUAUAGACUCCGACAACGCCCCAUGGCAACUGUCUUAAUUAAUUAUAACGACGAAAGUUUUAGGAUUGUAGCAUCAAAGAUGAUACAGAUCAACACAAAAACUAAAGAAAAGCACGACAUUAGAUGCAGGAAUACUUCAUGCCAGUAUUGACACAGAUAAGAUAAUGAGAUUUGAAAUAAAACAAUAAAAUCACGGAAACAUAUCAAUAUUUUUGUCAUUUCACAACAUA